CCGCUCGUCUGGCGUCCUGCUGACGUAGUCACGUAGACACGUUAAACCAAUCGGAGCGCAGUUUUUCUCUGCGGAAGUGCGUGAAGCCGGUUUUUCGGGUGUCAAUCGCAAUCAUGCUGCUCUGGAUUCUGUCCGGCUCUCUGGUUCUGUUCAGCAGUUUUGACGUAUGGUACUUCCUGAGAGGCUCGUGGAUGGUGAUCAAAUCCUGGUUCCAGGUGCCGGUUCGAGAUGUUCUGGCCGAGCAGGUCGUUCACGGACGGGUUCUCCUCCACGACCUGGACUUUAUGUGCCACAUGAAUAACGCCCGCUAUCUGCGCGAGUGCGACUUCGCCCGGUACGCGCACUGCACCCGGAACGGGCUCUUCCUGGCCGCGCGCGCGCUCGACGCCACCAUGCUGGUGGGAGCCACGACCAUCCGCUACAGACGCUCGCUUGCGCUCGGCGAGGCGUUCGAGCUGCGCACGCGGAUCGUGGCGUGGGAUGAGAAGUCCUUCUACUUGGAGCAGAGGUUCGUAUCCAAGUCUGACGGGUUCGUGUCUGCUGUCAUGCUGUGCAGGCAGAAUGUUAUUCGCGGAAAUCCACAGAAGAUCUUGGAACACCUUUGCAAGAAAAAGGUGGAUUGCCCUGAGAUUUCAGAGGAUCUUCAGCACUGGAUCAGUUUCAUCUCUGCAAGCAGUCAGGCUCUGAGAGCAGAGAGUGGUCUGGACGACAAGACCAAAUGAUAAAUUCAAAGACUUUACCGUAAGCCUUCCUUCUGCAUGUAAGUUUCCCGUGAUGCUAACUUCUUAACUUAACUUCUCUCUAAAUGUUGGGUUUUCUGAUCCAGAACCUGCGGCUGUUGGCAGCUUCAGUGUUUACUCCACUACACCAGCCCUUCAUGUAUUUAUUUAAAAGUAUUACAACAUCAUUAUUGUACUUAAAAAAUCCAUUCCAGAAGCUGCAAGAAAUAUGACUGACAAACCACUGAGCAUGAAUCUCUGUUGAGAAACAGAGUGCAUGAACGAAUGUUGAAAACUUGACUCCACUGACUUGAACGCUAGAGGCUUUUGAACGCUCCUAUGACCAAAUAUGCACAUGAACGUAACAAAAAUCACGUCGAAGGGAUUUGCACUGAGUAUAUUAAUAUAAUAAAUGGUAGAUGAGUUCUGAGCAGUGAAUUCAAACAAGUGUGUUGUUUUAUCAUAUCAAAACUGGAUUUGUUGUGCUGGUCAGAAAUUUUAAUGUAGUUAUUAUUCCACUUUAAAACUGAAAUGGUUUUAUUAUUGUUAUUUAUGAAAAGGGAACAUGUAUUUAUUAAAGUAGAUUUUUCUGACAUUUGCAUAAUUUCUUUGAAAAGAGUCUGUAUGUAAAAUAAUUUAAGCACCUGUGAUGAAACAUGAAGAGUUGCGUUAUAAAAUAAAAUACUUCAUUAUAAAUAA